AUGUCAUCCGACAGCCCUCUCCUGGAGGAUAUACGUGCCGAGUACCAGAUCAAACGGAACGAAUGCAGACAAACUCUGCGCGAGGCAAAGGAAACGUCUUGGACGGAGUUCCUUGACGGCAUUAACAGCGAGCAAACGGCGACGGAACUAUGGCGUAGGAUAAACUGCUUCCAGGGUAAGCGAAGGUCAAAGGGCAUCACACUUAUUAUUAACGGCACAGCCCAACGUGAUCCGGCCACCGUUGCGGACGCAUUAGCCGACUAUUUCGGCCAGCAGUGCUCCUACCGGGAGUACCCGGACCAAUUCCGAAGAAAACACGGCGACCCAGCAACGGAAAUCCGGAAAUUCAAGGUACCGACGAACAACGGAGAGUCAUACAACCAGCUCUUCUCGUUGCCUGAGCUGGAGCAUGCUCUAAGGAAGGGAAAAGGCAAAUCGGCGGGCCCCGAUGGACUCGGGUACGCCAUGUACAAAAACCUUCCCCUAAUCGGAAAAAUCGCCCUCCUGGACUCCAUCAACCAAGAGUGGACUAAAGGCACUUUCCCCACCGAGUGGAAAUCAACCCUCGUAGUCCCGGUCCCGAAGAAUAACGGCCCAUCGAACGAAGCGUCAGGAUAUCGGCCCAUUGCUCUGGCGAAUGUUGGAUCGAAGAUUAUGGAGCGCAUGGUCAACAGGCGGCUGAUCGAACUUCUGGAAAGCGCCGGGAAACUCGACAACCGGCAGCACGCCUUCAGGGCGGGGCGAGGCACCAGCACCUACCUUGCGGCCCUGGCGGAAAUUUUGAACAGCAACAAGGGUAAGCAUGCUGAGAUUAUCUCCCUCGACCUAUCAAAGGCGUACAACAGGACGUGGACCCCCGGUAUCCUAAAGAAGCUGGCUCUUUGGGGGAUCUCCGGCAAUCUUCUCCUCUUCGUGAAAAACUAUCUGCUAGACCGCUCAUUCCGGGUUCAACUCGGAGCAACAUCGUCGAAGGCAGUAAAGGAAGAAACCGGAGUCCCCCAAGGAUCUGUCAUCGCGGUCACCCUGUUUUUGGUGGCCAUGGAGGGCGUAUUUGCAGAUCUCCCGAAAGAAAUCUUCAUCGUCGUGUACGCGGAUGAUAUCGUGCUAAUAGCUGUUGGCAAACGGCUAAAGGCACUCAGGCGUAAGGCGCAAGCGGCGGUCAACAAGGUCGCACUGUGGGCCCAGAACUCCGGCUACCGAAUAGCGGCGGAUAAAUGCGCUAGAAUCCACAUCUGCGAAUCGCUUCAUCGGCUCCCAAGCGAAGCCAUCACAACCGGCGGUAACACCAUCCCAGUCAAGAACAGCGCGAAGCUAAUCGGUGUCACCAUUGACCGCCGACUAACUUUCAAGCAGCACUUUCAAGCCACCCGGAACGCCUGUAGAACCAGGCUCAACAUGAUGAAGCUUAUCUCCAGGAAGCGAACGAGAAGCGAUCGGGCCACCAGGAUUAGAGUAGCAGAUGCGGUCAUAACCAGUAGGCUCGUAUACGGCAUCGAGAUGACGUCGUGCAACCUGCCGGAACUGAUCAAAAACCUUGCCCCGGUAUACAACCGGUCUAUCCGGUACAUCUCCGGGUUGUUACCUUCCACGCCGGCGGACGCGGCAUGCGCCGAGGCUGGUGUACUGCCAUUCCGGUACAAGGCCACGUCAGCACUGUGUACCAGAACCGUCGGAUACCUGGAAAAAACGAGAACAACCGAUGAUUCCUGCAGUAUUCUAGCCCGGGCGAACGAUGCACUCCUGAAACAGUGCCAACAGCGCCUCCCAAAAUCGCCGGACUCGCUGCUGAGGAAAGGACCCAACCGCGCCCAAGCCCAAGCCCUCUUCAAUCAACGAAUAGAAGACAAAUAUUCAUCGUACACCAUCCGGUACACUGACGGUUCGAAGGCAGAAGGGAAAGUUGGCAUUGGCAUCGAAACCGGCGACUGUACUUCGGCAUCGUACCGAUUACCGAACAUCUGUUCGGUAUUUUCCGCAGAAGCAGCCGCGAUAUUCAAGGCAGCCAUCCUCCCUAGCCAAGGCCCUACGGUCAUAAUCACCGAUUCCGCAAGUGCUCUCGCGGCACUGGCCGCUGAAUCAAACCGGCACCCGUACAUCCAAGCGAUCCAGAUGGCACUAAACGAAAACAUCAGCCUGAUGUGGGUCCCCGGACACUCCGGGAUAGCCGGAAACGAGAAUGCGGAUCUUCUAGCUAACAUCGGUCGGAGCAGCCAACUGCUGAACAACGUCGUCCCCGCAGCAGACGCAAAGCUGUGGAUUAAGCAGCAGAUCUCAGCAGCAUGGGCCACGGAGUGGCAUAAAGUGAGAUCGUUCUGCCGGAUGCUUAAGAGCACCACCCUCCCUGGUGAAGACCAACACAACCGACGAGAGCAGGUGGUAUUGUCUAGGCUCCGCACAGGACAUACGAACAUCACCCACGUCCUGGGGUCUGACAAUUACCAUCGGCAAUGCGAAAUUUGCCAAUGCAGAAUGACAAUCCAGCACCUGUUCAACACCUGCCCAGUAUUUGAAGAAGCACGUAACAACAACAACAUCCAGAAUGCAUACACGGCUUUACGUAACAACACGGUUGACGAACGGCCUGACGCCCUAGAUCUGUAUAAGGAGAAACACCGACAGUGUAAGAUCAUUAUCAGGGAAGCAAAAUCCAAGCAAUGGGAGGAUUUCAUCGAUAGCAUCAACCCGUCCCAAACCUCCGCCGAACUUUGGAGGCGGGGCAACCGCACAAUCUCUGACCCUGCACAAGUCGCGAAUGCUCUCGGCGACUAUUUUGCUUCCCUGGUAGCUGUUUCCCAGUACCCAGCAGACUUCCAGAGAAACAUCACUUCCCAUAAUCUUCACCUCAACACCACUCUUAUUCCCGCGGACCCCCCCGGCUGCCUGCUGAACCACCCCUUCUCAGCAGGAGAGUUGGCCCACGCGCUCGCCAAGUGCAAAGGGAACUCAUCCGGGCCGGAUGAGUUGGGGUAUCCCAUGAUCAAACGGCUCUCUCCGGCCGCGAAGGCCCUUUUCUGA